UAUGGAUGACAUGAAAGGGAAGUCACGAGAGCAUGGGAUUCGCUGGCUUAGGCUUUUUAGCUUCUCCGUUUUGGAGUUCUCUGAAUGCAGGGCGGAAAAUUGGGACUUUGUGGUAUUUCCUUUUAGGUGUCAUUGUGCAGACUGAAUCAGUCCUAUCGUAGGUUAAAGCUUGUUUCUUUUGGUUUCAGUUUUGGCAUCAAUGGAAGGACACAAUGGUGAAAUUUGCUGUUGGAAAGAAGUAAAAGCUCAUUAGUCAUUUCACUUUGUUUCAGACCCUUGGGAAAAGUGAGCAAAGCUCAAAAUAUGAUGGUGGUAAAAAAGUGAGGGCAAAAGCUUUACAUCCUAAAAUGGAUACAAUACAAGUUAAAGGACGGCUCAUGUAAGGAACGGGAAAAGGACUAAAGGAGGGACCUUGCUAUGAUCUUCAGAGUAUUAAACCGAACCUGCAGGGCAAAAGAUAUGAUCUUUUAGGACUUCUGUGAGAAAAGAGCACACAUAAAGGUUCAGUAAAUAGUAUAUACAGGUGAAACCAUAAGAUAAAGGAGAGAAGAAGGCAAAGGAGAUACGGGCAAACGACAAACAACAUGGAGAGCUUUGGGAUGAAGGAUGGUAGCCAAAUGAAGAGCACAUCAACCACCUUUGGCUUGAUACGCAGGGGAAAUGCUUCUGAUAUGGAGAAGAUGAAGCCUCACUUCUUCAGAGUGAUGCUUGAUUUCAUGCUAAAAGAUGCCAAAAUUUACAUUCCUACGGAGUUUGCAAAGAAAUAUAGAUCCAGACUAGGAAGCCAUGCAACAUUGAAGGUUGCUAAUGGUGAUACAUGGGAAGUAGAGCUGGCUACUGAUGAUGAUGGGCUGAUUUGGUUGGUCAAGGGCUGGGAAGACUUCACAAAACACCAUACUUUGAAGCAAGGUGAUAUUGUGGUUUUCAGGCUUGAGCAAGACAGCUUGUUUCUUGUAAUGGUGUUCGAUCCCACUGCGAGUGAGAAGAGGUACAAUUUCAAGCAUGUAAAUGAGUUUGAAAGGCAGUUCAAUGAUGUCAAAGUUGAGGAGGGAAUUGAUGUGGGGAAAGAGAAAGGCCAUAGGGAAGGUCAGAAGAAUGUUGGAACUGGAAGAAUUGCGGAAGUUGACGGAAAGCACAAGCAAGUGAAGAACAAGAAGGGUGGUGCAGAAGAGAAGAGAAAGGGGAAAUUGGCUUCUCUAGUUGAGGCCCCAAAUCAUCCAAUGGGAGCAAAAAAUAGAGCUCUCUAUGCUGCCAUGGAUUUGCAGAAGCAAGUGCAGGAAGACGACAGCGUUAUGCCCGAAUUCGCUGAUGACGAAGAAGAAGAGCUAUACGACUUUCUUAACCUGGAGCUUCAGAGCGAUUUGAAGGACAACCUGAUGCGGCAUUACGAAGUGGUUUAUCUAAUCCAUGAGAAGCAUGCUGAAGAAGUUGAUGCUGUGAAUGAGAAGGUUCAAGAUUUCCUGAGGGAGAAGAAGGGGAAGAUAUGGAGAAUGAACGACUGGGGGAUGAGAAGGCUGGCAUACAAGAUUCAGAAAGCCAAGAACGCUCACUACAUUCUGAUGAACUUCGAGAUUGAAGCUAGAUGGAUCAAUGAGUUCAAGACCAUGCUAGACCAGGAUGAAAGGAUCAUUCAACACCUUAGCAGUGAGGAAGGUGAAACUCCAGAGCUCAUCAGGGAUUCGACCAUCAAUGUCCUAAAUAUCCUCUAA